GCGUCUCUUUUUCGAGUCAUUUCUGAGGAUUCUGAAGAGAAUCACCUCCGCGAGCACUGCUCAGUCAGAGAACACAGAGAAUAGAGGAUCUGCGCGUGCCUUCCUGUCUCCCCUCCUUCCGUAUUCAGACUUCAUAUGGUGUCACAGUUGACUGCUCGCUUCCCUGCAGGCUCGAACACGAGAUAAUCACAGGCAUUUGAUCCGCCAAAUGCAUACGUGAAAACAACAAUUACCCGCUGGAGAUAAAACACAGUCACGGACACCUGCGCGAAUGGGAAAAAUACGCGGUGCCUGAUCCAGUUAUAGUAGGCUGCAGCUACCGGUUGCUCUCACUGUUUCGUUCAACGGGAAACUUGAUUUGAACGUGUCGUUUUGGGGAGAAGGUAAGCGACAGUAGAUACAUGCGAGGAAGGAUAGCAGUCUGAAUAGCAAGCAGGGUGUCUCCGAGAGAGAGAGAGAGCGAGAGAGCGAGAGAGAGAGAGGAACUGGUGCUGUCCUUUCAGCACCACGGAAAGCAGUCAAACACCGCAUUCACCUUGCUUACCAUGAAUGUCAUUAACUGGUUCUACCAAAACCACCACAACAGGAAGAGAGUCUUUGUGUUGGAUUCGGAUUAGAAAGAAGGAACAACACCCAUUUCUAUCUUCUUCACCUUUCGGAUUUAAACCACCAUCAAUUGAUUCGGAUUUAAACCACCGUCCAUUGUUUCGGAUUUAAACCACCAUCCAUUGUUUCGGAUUUAAACCACCAUCCAUUGUUUCGGAUUUAAACCACCAUCCAUGGUUUCGGAUUUUAAACUCCCAAUACAUUGUUAAUGGCAUGCCAUUGGCUACAUUGGCUAUCAUUUUGAAUUUAAAUGUUUUCCCUCUUGUGAUUGAUUUCCAUGACAGGUUGUGGAAACAUUGGGGCAUCCGGUAUCAUCAGAGGGAAUAUGUGCUAAAUCAGUCCUGUCGGCCUACACUUGUUAUUUAGGAUCUACAGCCUGCAACCAGCAGCAGAUGUAUUUUGUGCAUUGUCCUACAGCCUAGCCUCAUCUCUUCCCUUUCCCUGUGUAUGUGUUGCACUUGCACGCGUUUUUUUUCCCCCUCCCGCGGUGGCGUACCGGUGCUCAUAGAGUUGCCGUUGUGAUGCUGGGAACUUAUUGGAGACAUGCCUAAGGGACGCGAUGGGCUUGAGCGACGAAAAGGAUCGCAUUGUGAUAAACGUGGGAGGGACCAAGCACCAGACAUACCGCGGUACCCUGCGCACCCUGCCCGGCACCCGCUUAUCCUGUCUGGCCGAACCCGACGCGCCUAGCCACUUCGACUGGGACGACAAACAUGAGGAGUUCUUUUUCGACCGCCACCCGGCUGUUUUCGCCCAUAUCCUUAACUAUUACCGAACUGGUAAACUGCACUGCCCUGCGGAUGUCUGCGGACCUCUUUACGAGGAGGAACUGGCCUUCUGGGGCAUCGAUGAGACGGACGUGGAGCCUUGCUGCUGGAUGACCUAUAGCCAGCACAGGGAGGCGGAAGAAGCGCUUGAUAGUUUCGGCGGGGGUGCCCUGCUCGACCUGACCAGUAAUGAUGAUCAGGACCCGGAGGUCGUGGCCGACCCGGGGGAUGGGGUCGGUGAUGAGGCAGAUGAGAUGACGAGGAGGCUGGCGCAGGGGGACUCUACCGACGCAAAGGCAGGGGGGCUGUGGGGUCGUUGGCAGAAACGCAUGUGGGCUCUGUUUGAAGACCCCUACUCUUCUAAAUAUGCAAGGUGGAUAGCCCUGGCCUCUCUGUUCUUCAUCCUGGUGUCCAUCUCCACCUUCUGCCUGGAGACCCACGAGUUCUUCAACCCCAUCGUGAACCGCACCGAGCUGGAGCUGGUGGAUAACGUGACGGUGGAGCAUGUCUACCAGGAGACGGAGACGGUGGUCUACCUCACCUACAUCGAGGGCGUCUGCGUGGGCUGGUUUACCUUUGAGUUCAUGAUGCGAGUCAUAUUCUGUCCGGACAAGAUGGAGUUCAUGAAGAAAGCUCUCAACGUUAUUGACUUCGUGGCUAUCUUACCGUUUUACCUGGAGGUCGGGCUGAGCGGGCUGUCGUCUAAAGCGGCUAAGGAUGUUUUGGGUUUUCUCCGAGUGGUGAGGUUUGUCAGGAUCCUGCGUAUCUUCAAGCUGACCCGUCACUUCGUGGGCCUGAGGGUUCUGGGUCACACGUUACGAGCUAGCACCAAUGAGUUCCUCCUCCUCAUCAUCUUCCUCGCCCUGGGAGUUCUCAUCUUCGCCACGAUGAUCUACUACGCCGAACGGAUGGGAGCAGACCCGACCGACCCGCGCGCCAGCGAGCACACGCACUUCAAGAACAUCCCCAUCGGAUUCUGGUGGGCCGUUGUUACCAUGACGACCCUUGGCUACGGCGACAUGUACCCCCAGACGUGGUCGGGCAUGCUUGUCGGCGCACUGUGCGCCCUGUCGGGUGUACUGACCAUCGCCAUGCCCGUCCCCGUGAUCGUCAACAACUUUGGAAUGUAUUACUCUCUGGCUAUGGCGAAGCAGAAGCUACCAAAGAAGAAGAACAAGCAUAUCCCCCGAGCACCCCAACCAGGAUCACCCAACUACUGUAAGUCCAGCAUCAACUCUCCUCCAACGCCCCAUAAAGCACUGCUCCUUCCUGAAAGCCCGAACUUAGUCCACCCCGUUUUGGCUCUGGCUCAAAACAUGUCUCUGACACACGACGACGUCUUCGAAGUAAAGUUUCCAGGUGCCUCUCCGGUGGGAGAAAUCAAUAGGCGAAAAUCACAGCCAAUCACAACACUGGCGGAUUCCAAGCUGAAUGGGGAGGCGGCCAACGCAGCUCUAGCCAACGAGGACUGUCCUCAUAUAGACCAGGCCAUCUCGCCAGAGGAGAUCUUCAGCCCCAGUGAGAGAGAACGGCCUUGUUGUCUCGUCACCACAGCUGCAGAACGGCCCAACCACACAGGGGGUAGAGACAGGAGGGAGACCACCCAGCGACAGCCCCGGAGCAGACCACCAGCAUCUGACUCAGUUUGUGUAAUGAACCGUGGUGUUCCCACCACUAUAUGUCUAUCCCAUAAUAAGACCCCCCCACCCCAACGCCAGCCCCACGCCUGAUAAUACAGUAGCCUCAUUUGUUUUGUGUGUCAAAUGAGCAGUUUUAAAUAAUUGGAUGUUACAGUGGCAACCUGUACCCCAUAGACUAAACGGCAUCCUAUUCCCUAUGUAGUGCACUACUUUUGACCCGGGGUAAUACCCACCCUGAUCACAAGUAGUGCACUACAUAGGGAAUAGGGUCCCAUUUGUUGUUAAGAUGCAUCCUAACUCAGCAAUAGAUGUAGAACAGAGGGAGUGUUGUUGUCAAGCCUUAUGUAGCGAAGCACCUGUGAUUGGUUAUUGUGCUGUAACGUGCUGUGUUGUUCUCUAUGUGCCUGUAUUGUUUUAUUUUUUGAGUGAUUAUCAAAUAUUUGUGUGCUGCUUCUGUUUAAAAAAAAUAAAAUAAUAAUGUUGCUCAGAUAAAGUUAUAUGCACAGAACUAGAAUGAGAUUCUAUUUUCUAUGGUUCUCUCCUCCCCUCCCUCAAUAGAUGAUCACUUAUGUCAGCCAGACGAAACCGAGUUAACAGCAAGUCUUUCAAUUGUAAAGUUGCACUGUCACUGUCACAUGAAUGAUAAUAAUAAUAAUAAUAAUAAUAAUAAUAAUAAUAAUAAUAGCCUUUUUACACUGUUUGCACCUGUGAACUUUAAAAUUCAUUUCAUUAUACUUGGAGAUAUCAAAGUUAGGAUUUAAAUACUGUAUGUCCACAUUGGAGACCAAACACAAUAACGUGUACAAUAUCGUUAUUUCUAAAAACACACCGCUCAUUGCUUUGCUGUUGAUAACUACGCCAAGGCAUUACAACUGCCAGACCUGCUGUAACAAAGUGGUCCGUUACAAAACCUACAACUGUGUUGGUGAAGCACGUCCCCCUUCAGGGCUAACUUCCUGAUAGAAAUGUCACACAUACAUUUAGCAUAUCAAGUAUCAACACACGAUUGCCAGUUCAACAACAAUGAGUACAAUGGUUCUCCCGAGUGGCGCAAGUGGUCUAAGGCUAGCUGUGCCACUAGAGAUCCUGGUUCGAAUCCAGGCUCUGUC